UACUGUAACGGUUUAUUAGACACUACAAGAAAUGAAGUUUAACAGGCAAAUAUUUGACGUAUUCAACCUUAACUAUUAAAUAGCGAAAAUUAUAGUCAGUGUGUAUUUUAUGUUAGCAUAGAUAACCACCUAUCUUCUCUCUAACUUUCUUCUCGACAGUUUUCUCUUCGAUUCGUUGGAAAGUUUGAUUGAACAAUCAUUUAUUAUGGAUUCAAACAAAUCAGUUCAAGGUGCUUUAGACGAAGAAACUUUGUCCAAAUUCAGGAAGGAAUUUUAUGCCGAACAAAAAAAUCUCCUGGCACAAAACGUGUGUACAAAAACAGACCCUUUCGAAGUCGCCUUGAAAAGAAAAACUCUCGAAGAAACUCAACAUGUAUUCAAUCACAAGAUUGAAGCGGAAGGAAAACCAGUGACAAACCAAAGAAGUUCGGGUCGUUGUUGGUUGUUUGCAGCCUUAAACGUAGUUCGUUUACCAUUCAUCAAGCAUUUCAAUAUCGAGGACUUCGAAUUCUCCCAAGCUUAUCUCUUUUUCUGGGAUAAAAUCGAAAGAUGCAACAAUUUUCUCAAUAAUAUUGUUUUAACUGCAAGACGUAACGAAGCGGUCGAUGGUCGUUUGGUCUCAUUUUUACUCAACGAUCCAACUUCGGACGGUGGUCAAUGGGACAUGUUAGUUAAUCUCAUCAACAAACACGGUUUAAUGCCGAAAAAGAACUUUCCGGAAUCGUUCAGCUGCGAACAAAGUGUUAAAAUGAACCAAAUCCUCAAAAGUAAACUCAGGGAAUAUGCUAGAGCCAUAAGAGAACUAAUUUCCAAAGGUGGUAGUGAUGCCGAUAUACAACACCUUAUAUCAGACCAAAUGGGCAACAUUUACAGGAUUGUGGGGAUAUGUUUGGGUAUACCUAACGAAACAUUCAUCUGGAGUUAUUACGACAAGAAUAAGGCAUACCACAGCAUAGGACCUAUCACUCCCAAACAGUUCUAUGAGCAGCAUGUGAAACCCCAUUUUAAUGUAGAUGAUAAGGUUUGUUUGGUAACAGAUCCUAGACCUACGAAUGAAUACGGUAAAUGUUAUACCGUAGAUUGCUUAGGCAAUAUGGUCGGUGGUAGAAAAUGCAUUUACAAUAACCAACCGGUGGAUUUGCUAUUGGAUCUAACUGCUAAGAGUAUUAAAGAAGGAGAAGCGGUUUGGUUCGGAUGUGAAGUAUCUAAAAGAUAUGUCGCCAAACAGGGCAUACAAGAUUUAAAAGCGCAUGAUUUUCCUUUGGUUUUCGGCGUUGAUAUUCAAGUUACUUUAUCUAAAGCUGAUCGGUUGUUGUAUAGCGAAAGCGCAAUGACUCACGCAAUGGUUUUCACAGCGGUUAACACUAACGAUGCAGGAGAAGUAACCAAACUGAGAGUGGAAAAUUCAUGGGGUGAAGAUAGGGGAGAAAAAGGAUAUUUAAUUAUGACAUCCGAUUGGUUUAAAGAAUUCACAUUCGAAGUAGUUGUCGAUAAAAAGUACGUCCCUCAGGAUGUAUUGGACGUUUUUAAACAAGAACCGAUUGUUUUACCCGCAUGGGAUCCUAUGGGGACUUUGGCUAAUUAAUACAGAUACAUUGGUGAGUGAAUUGCAACAACUAUACUGAUGGUUUUUAUGUUUACAGUCUAAUAGCUUCUAAUUUACGUGUAGAUAGAUUUUACUGAAUCGUAUGUGUUCAGUAAAAUUCAUCAAACGGCAUCUCGGCACCAUACCCAUGGUAAAAUUCUAAGGAAAUGUCUCAUAACGUACAACUUAUAUAAUUUAAGUAAUAACUUGGGUUAGAUGUCACUGUCAGUUACCAUUUUUAUUGUGUAUUUUCGAAUUUGUAAAUAAACAAAUAAUAAAAGCUUAUAAAAUGUU